AUGGCUGUGGCCAUGACAAGUGUUCUCACCGGGUCGAUCACCGUUAUGAGUUCCUUCGCAGCAAGAGACUUGGGCAUGACCAAUGCGCAGAUCACCUGGAUGAACGCCGCGUGCUCACUGUCUGCCGGCGCACUACUACUCUUCUUCGGAAGCAUUGCUGACCUGUUUGGACGCAAGACCAUGUUCAUUGGCUCCAUGUUCCUCUUCUCGGUGGUGAGCUUGGGUACUGGCUUCGCCAAGGACGGCAUCACUAUUGACAUUCUUUGCGGCAUCCUAGGUAUCUUCUCAGCGGCCGCUGUUCCACCCGCGCAGGGCAUACUCGGGACGAUCUACGACAAGCCGAGUCCUCGCAAGAACAAGGCAUUUGGUUGUUUCAGCGCUGGCAAUCCACUUGGCUUCGUCUUUGGGACGAUUCUAUCUGGCCUUUUCACUCAGCUGUUCAAUUGGAGAGCCGGCUUUUUUCUGAUUGCGAUCACGUACCUUCUCACCUCCAUUGUUGCCGUACUGACUGUGCCUACGGACACGAUGCCGAAGCAAAAGCUUGACCAAGAGACUCUGAAGAAGUUGGACCUGCCCGGAACCGGAAUGACUAUUGCCGGUAUCGGCAUGUUUUGUGCGGCCCUCAGUCUGGCGGGUGACGCCCCAAAUGGUUGGAAGACGCCAUAUGUGUUAGUACUGCUGAUUCUCGGCCUGUUGUUGAUUGUCGCAUUUGUUGUGUGGGAGCUCAAGUAUCCUUACGCCAUAGUGGACAUGAACGUCUUCAAGGACAGAGACUUCUCUCUAUUACUUCUUAUCUUGUCGCUCGGCUUCCUUGGUUUCCCAGUAUUUUCGUUCUGGAUAGCGCUGUACUUCCAGGUCGAGCUUGGCUACAGCGCUCUCAUGACUGGUGUGCACAUGCUGCCCAUGGUAGUGGUGGGCCUGAUUGCGAACCUGGUUGCUGCAUUAAUCCAGCACAAAGUCUCUAACAAGCUUCUAGUGGGCAUCGGCGCGUGGUCGUACGUGGUAGCGUUCACCCUCGCUGCUGUGCAGCGAAAAGGCGAUUCCUACUGGGCUUUCUCAUUUCCUGCCUUGUGCUUGUGUGUACUUGGGGCGGACUUCGAAUUCAUCGUUGCUAAUAUGUAUGUUCUCUCCUCGAUGCCCACAAAUAAGCAGUCCAUCGCUGGCUCGCUGUUGCAAACCCUAACUAGACUUUGUACCGCUGUCGGCUACGGUAUCGCUACUGCUGUCUUCGAUGCCGUCGAGAAGAGCCCGCCUCACUCCGGAUACUACGCAGACAACGCAGUGGCACCAUUUGCCGCUGUCUUCUGGUUCACUAUGGGCGUUUGUUUCCUCGCCGUGCUUUUCGUUCCUUUCCUUCGCAUCACGACGCAAGGCCACAAGGGCGACACGGGCCGCGUGAAGCAAUAUAAUACCACUAUCGAGUCACCAACCGACAGCGCCUUCGGCCUCGAUCACAGCCACGCUGUCGCGUCCAAAAGCGAGAAGAUGUGA